AUGUCGACGUCUUUGCAAACGAUUGGUGCCAUUAAGUCUUAUCAUCACCAAGCUCAGCAUUUGGUGAAGAAUUAUCUCUUAGCUGAUCCAUUUAUUCCUUACACUUCUGUUCUCACCGGCAUUUUCCUUUGCAAAGUGGUCUAUGAUCUUUGUCACUUUAUCAGCAACUCACAUUCUAAGACCUAUAUCAUCCUCACGAAAAUUCAAAGAAUCGAAUGGAAUAACCGUGGUAUUUCAACAGUUCAUGCUAUUUUUAUCUCGGCUAUGUCGCUGUACUUUGUCUUCUGGUCAGACCUCUUCUCCGAUAGGUGGCAUAACGAUCUUGUUGUUUUCCGGAGCUCACGGCUUUCUUCUCUUGGUUUAGGAUUAUCCAUUGGCUACUUCAUUGCUGAUCUUGGGAUGAUCUUCUGGAAAUAUCCUUCUUUGGGUGGACUUGAGUAUAUUGUGCAUCAUUCACUGUCAGGGGUAGCAGUCGCUUACUCUUUGUUUUCUGGGGAAGGACAGUUGUAUACCUACAUGGUCCUCAUCUCCGAGAUUACAACCCCGGAGAUCAACUUGAGAUGGUACCUGGACACAGCUGGUAUGAAGAAGUCACUGGCAUACGUUGUCAAUGGCGUUUUCAUCUUCUUGGUUUGGCUGGUUGCUAGAAUUCUACUGUUCAUAUACAUGUUUUAUCAUGUCUAUCUCCAUUACAACCAGGUCAUAAAGAUGCAUAUAUUCGGUUACGUUCUGGUAUUUGGCGUACCAACUGCGCUCGGUAUCAUGAACUUGGUAUGGUUCGGUAAGAUUGUGAGAGGGGUGAAGAAAACAUUAGCAAAGAGAUGUGAAUGUUGA